AUGAAAUCCAAUUGCACCUCACGUUUCUCCUCCUCCUUCUUCGUCGCUGUUAGAGGCUCCAUUAUUUACGACAACGGUCUUUAUCAUCUACACAGAUCUAAAGUUUCGGUCUUUAUCAUCUACACAGGGUUCGUUUCUAGGUCGAUCGCUCAACAACCCUUUGUGAAAUUGAUUUUCCAUAACCUUGUUGGAAGGCAGCCAGAAAUUGAAAGAGUUACUCAAAUUCUGGGAAGACGUACAAAAAACAAUCCCUGCCUCAUUGGAGAACCCGGUGUUGGAAAGACUGCUAUUGCAGAAGGUCUUGCCCAAAGAAUUGCAAAUAGGGAUGUUCCAGAAACAAUUGAGGGGAAGAAGGUGAUUACUCUAGACAUGGGUCUACCUGUUGCUGGGACAAAGUAUCGUGGAGAGUUUGAGGAGAGAUUGAAGAAGCUGAUGGAAGAAAUCAAACAAAGUGAUGAAAUUAUACUAUUUAUUGAUGAGGUCCAUACUUUAAUUGGAGCAGGAGCUGUAGAGAGGGCUAUUGAUGCUGCUAACAUCUUGACUAUGAAAGCUUCAAUUGGCCCAUAGCACUUGUUAAAGUUUAAGUUUUAAAGUUCAAUGUCUUAAGAGGCAGAUUAUGAAAGUGCAAUGCCUUUUGGAAGUGAAAUUGGUUUCAUUUUACCUGUUAUACCCUUUAUAUUCAAGAGUGAGGAUUCCACUUAAUGUAUGGACAGCAGUUAGGACAAGAAUAA